AGUUACAUAAACAACUUUUCCGAGUUACAUGUUAACAUAUUCAAAAGAGAUAAGAUUUAUGUGGGAAGAUUUAUCAUUACGUUGUAAAUAUUCGUGAACUGUACACCUCUGCGUCUUAUCUUGACACGUGCAGCAAAUUCCAGUGGAAUUUACAAGAGGUUUUAUGGGUGUUUUCAUUAUUCAAGUGGUAGUUUGACGUGGAUGGUGCAUCAUCAGUGGGACAAGACACGAGAAUCUGAUCAGAUCUCUGUGGACUUUGAAAAGCGUCCUUAUAAGAGCAGGAAACAUUUCAAAAUACGACGCUGUCUUAGUAAACAAAAGUGUGUUUUCCCAGCAACCACCGGCACCUGCUAUUCUUGGCCGCUACGUACCACUGGUUUCCCAUCUCUAUAUGUACGAGGAGGUUGAGCGCCUGAUCGACGCCAGCCUGGCCGCGCGCCUCAAUGCCUACUGCCCCUACAGCAAGUUCCAAGUGGGAGCUGCUCUCCUCACCAAAGACGGCUCCACCAUCACAGGUUGCAACGUAGAGAACAUAUCCUACGGCCUCACUGUCUGUGCUGAGCGGACCGCCGUGUGUCGCGCAGUGGCCGAGGGUCAGAGGAAGUUCCGUGCCAUUGCCAUCACAGCAGAAAUGGGCAACCGGUUCGUGGGGCCGUGCGGGGCGUGCAGGCAGACUUUGGUAGAGUUCGGCCUGGACUGGGAGGUGUACUUGGCCACGCCUGACAAGCGGUACAUGAAGACCACGGUGGCCAAGCUGAUCCCAGACAGUUUCAGUCCCGAGUGGGUCACCUUGGGAGAGAGGCAGGAAGGGUAGGCAGCAGGACGCGCCGCCGCUGCUGACCCUGAAGCUGUAAUCCAUCAUUUUUUUAUCCUCAAACGUUUCAGCGAUUUAUAUAUUUGAACUCUGUUGAAAGUUAUUCUGGUUUUCAAGUGAGUUUUCGUGAUUCUAGUGAUAGUUUAACUAAGAUUCUACACAGUAAAGGGGAAGGGAGGGAAGGUAUCAUAGGAACUAAUGAGAAGUCUGUGUUUAAGAAUACGAGCCUGUAAAAUGUAAUGACAUCUGCUGGGGACUUGAUGGCCUUGACCCACUGAAGAUAUUCUCCAUGACUAUGAGACUGGUCCCGCUGUUACCCUAUCACUGGACGAGGAUACCAUUGACCAUUGUGAGCGGGUGAGCCUUAUCAGGUGUGAUGUGCAGCUGAUGAGUCACGUACACUUGCAGGGCACACUUGUGAAUAAUAAAGGCUCUUAUUAUAUUUUGUGAAAAAUUAAGAGAUGAGGAAAAUAAAAUGGUGCUCUGUAAUAGUUCACAGGCUACGUAAAUUAUAUAAAUUCUCAAAUAUGUAUCACUGGUAAGUAAAUGUUGUCAGCGGUGAAAAUGGGAGCAAGUUUAAGUAAUAUAACUAGAAGAAAAGCAAGGGAAGACUAGACCAGCUCAUGCGGUCAUUAUUCUUAUGUUUAUAGGAUAUAUUGCAGUUCAAACCACAAGAUGUCUGGUAUAUCAAUUUUUCUUUGGCUCUGCAUGUUCAAGACCUCUGUGUCACUUUCAAUUACUGCUUCUUGAGUGAUGGCUGUGGUGGAGCGACACACACACACACACACACACACACAUGAUUAUGACCUAUAGCUAUAAUCACAUUUAAUUACCUGUAUAGCAAUAGAGUUUGAAUAAAAUUCUGGAAAG